GUACACACACCAAUGUUCAUUUUGGUCAAACCACUACUGACUGAAAGCUUUCCUCGACACACACUGGACACUGUGGGUUAGAAGUCGACACAAUGGCUCAAGACAAGAGUGCGUCUGCAAAAGGCUUCGUUGAUAGCGCCAUUCACCUGGAUGUCAAGGACUAUUAUGGCAAGGUGCUGAAGAAAUCCUCAGACCUGAGGACCAACGCCUGUGUGGCUCCAACACAGCCCAUCCCUGCCUUCAUCCGCCAGGCUCUGAAGAAAGUGCACCCUGAAGUCACCGACAGGUACUAUGGCUGUGGUCUGGUGGUGCCAGAGUGCUUGGAGGGCUGCAGGAUACUGGACUUGGGCAGCGGAAGUGGGAGAGACUGCUACAUGCUGAGUCAGCUGGUGGGCGAGAAGGGCCAUGUCACUGGCAUUGAUAUGACUGAGGACCAGCUUGAAGUGGCCAGGACAUAUGUGGACUAUCACAUGAAAGAGUUUGGCUACAAGAAGACCAAUGUCAGUUUUGUCCAGGGCUACAUUGAGGCCCUAACAGAUGCGGGUUUGGAAAAGAACUCAUUUGACAUCAUAAUUUCCAACUGUGUGGUAAAUCUAUCUCCAGACAAGAAGCGAGUACUGGCCGAAGCUUACAGUGUCCUCAAGGAUGGUGGUGAGCUGUACUUCAGUGACGUCUACAGCAGUGGAAGACUAACAGAGGAAAUUAAAAAUCACACAGUCCUGUGGGGUGAAUGUCUUGGUGGAGCACUCUGGUGGAAAGAUCUGUUGCAAUUGGCUGAAGAAGUGGGCUUCAGCCGACCACGGCUGGUUACAGCCAGUGUCAUCACUGUCAACAACAAAGAACUGCAGGAUGUUCUGGGUGACUUCAAGUUUGUCUCUGCUACAUACCGCCUCUUCAAGGUCCCUAAAGGCAACACCAAGGCCUGUCAGGUCAUAUAUAAUGGGGACAUUACAGGAGCGGAGGACAGCUUCCAGUUUGAUUGUCAGUACUUGUUCAAGGUCUGCAGAGCCCCACAGUACAAGAACAAGGUAAAAGUCCCCUGCUCAUGCACUGUGUAUGCAAAUGAUGUCAAAUGUGUGUGUAUUUCACAGGCCGGUGACGUGGUGGAAGUUGAUGGGGAGGUGGCCACCGUCCUGACCCAUUCCAGAUUUACGGAGGACUUCACUUUCCAGCCACCGGGAGCCCCCUGUGAGCCCUGUGGAGUCAAACCUAAGACAGGUGUUGUGGAUCCUUUCGAGCUGGUGGCUCAGCUGGAGAAACAAAGUCCAGGUUCAGCCACAGGGGGAUGCUGCAGCACACAGUCUGCUGCCUGCUGCAAAUGAUGGUGGGAAGAGCAUUGAGAAAAACAAGCCCAGCAUCAUACUGUGUAUGCCUAAUAAUAACAGUAGUUCAAAUGCACUGAGUUAAUCAUGCCUAUUGCAAUGUCAUUAUUUGUGUCUUAUUGACAUUUCAAAUGAGAUUUCAGCAACUGAAAUGAAUUCUACUUACUUACACAUGAAAAUGUGUCUGACUGAUGUUCUGUGCACAUUUAUUUCAGUCAAUCUCCUCCACUGGAAAAACAGAAAAGACAGAAUUUAAUUGAUUUAAAUAAUAAUUUUGCAUAAAUAUUUUUUUCUUUGGCUUUGUAUCAAAGCAAAAUCUGAAAGCCAAACAAUUCUAAACCUGUACAUAAUCUUAAACUGUUUUAGACACUGCUGAAUACUUAUUAUUAAACUUCUUAUUAAACUUUUUUUUGUCUACAGUCUUACACAUCUGAAUUUCCUAUCCAUGCCAGCCAUCAAGACUUUUCCCACCUUUGCCUUAACAAAUGACUAUCUCAAUUGUAAUACCUCUAAUUGUAUUGACUUGUUUAGGCAGUAUAGUUACAGGUUCUGCAUUAGUUUAGGCUUUGCAACAGUAUUGUAAUUAAUAUAAGCAGUAUUAUGUUAAUUAUUAUGUGUAUUUCUGUUAUAAGACAAUAAAUAUUGCCAGUCAUUUGAA